ACAACAAGCCGUAGGACUUGUACUCAUCAGAGCCUCAAUGAGUUUGCAUUAUGUGCCGACUCCUAGGCAACAUGACCAAAUACCUGCCGCCAAACUAGCCAAAUCACACCCCUCAAGUGUUUGGACUACUGGUUCAAGUUUGCAACGCAAAUACAUGUACACCCAAAAGCCCAACAGAACAGCAAUGGCGUGCCAGCCACUUUCCUGUGAAGCAGAAUCACCCUGUAUUCUGUUUUAUCUCGUAUGAUUCGGCGGGAAGCAUCAACACUUGAACAUUUUUUUGUCAGUGACCCGACCAAGGUCUAUCUUUUCAGAACCAAUUUUCAACGCAUGGGAAUCGCGAAAACAAGGACAACACCGAAGGAUUUCGUGUAGCACUCUCGAGCUACGCUUCAAAGAAACAACAACAUAGCGAUGAUUGUGUUUUAAAAAGGCCAUGUGGUAAUGCAGAAAGUGAUACUUUAUGCAGAUUAGUCUGUGAUAUCAGACUUUGAUUCAAGCUGUGUUUUUUUCACAAGGCAAACUUACAAACGUGAGCUGUGAUUAUCCCCGGCCGCACAGACAAAUGUUAGUCUUGUUCAACCAUAAUGACUUACAAUGCUCACGCUAAUGCUGCCAUGCCACUAUAUGGCAGCUACCCGUACACUCGCUCCACUCCCGGGGCAGAUGCUCCAGCAUCCGGUGACAAUCUCAUCCACUUCGUGGACUUGGCGUCGAGCAACAUCAAGCACGCCCUAGACAGGCCGGCCAGAUCCAGACGGAAGGUCAAUCACCGCAAAUACUUGCAGAAGCAGAUCAAGAAGCGCUCGCAGGUGAAGAACGGCGAGCUCGUCACGGGGGACCAGAAUGACUCCAAGAGAGAUGCCACCAAGUCCGCGAAGACAAGUGGGGUGCAGAGAGCAAAGUACGGGAGCCGCAUGAGGGAGACGCCUGCCCAUCUGAGCGUGUCGCAGUGCAAGUCGCUCUCGGCCAUGUUUGAUCUGACGACACCCCCUGAAGCUCCUGACCAACAACACUGCUCCAAAACCGACCAGCAGAGGCCAUUUCAGGCGGCAACGUUGCCCCUGAAACGGCGAAAUCUCCCAGAGUCUUUCUUCCAAAUGCCCGACACAACCUCGCCCCCGUCACCUGGGGAGAUGAUGAUGUCUCCAUCACUCAGCGCAGAUUUGGAUUUGCCAAGCCUGACAACCUCUGAGGAGGAGAACGAUGACAGUGCCCUCCAUGAUACCAUCGACUGGCUUUGCUCGACCGCCGACUUAGAUCAGGUGUUGGGCCCGUUAUUGGACGAGAUGAUGACGGCCAAGACAUGGGAGGACAGGACGGUCGCUGAUCGUGGGUACGGACAGUGCGAGAUGGGCAGCGGUGAAGGUAAUGGAUUCACGAUGGAGAUGCAGCAUGGUAACAACAACGUCAAUCAUUAUGCGUCUCGGCAACAAAACAUUAAUGCGCAGCAUGCUCACAUGAUUGACCUGUGUAGCAGCAACAUCUCGAAGGAAUGCGUGAACAAUGUACACCCUGCCCACAGCACUGAGCAGAUAUUACCUCACAUCAUCGUGCAACAACAGGCCAACACCAUCACCCACAAUACGGUGCAGCACAACCUAAAUGACUUCAACACUGCAACCCGCAGUGGUGCAAGCUCACAGACGAACCAAUAUACUGGACAUCACUUCUUCCCACCUCGCCAAAUUCCUAACAACGAGCUUGGCUACGAUCAUCCUCGCACUCAAGCCGCUAAAGGAUCGGGACUAGCUUACCAACCGGCCCACCACAAUCUCGUCCCAUGUCAGCAAUCCCAUGGAAACCCAUCAACCUCCAUCACUCCUCCAGAGCUGAGCUACUCCGAGAUGAUAUCUCAAAUGAGGCAGCAGAUAAACCAGCCUGACUGGCACGGCGGAGGUUUGACUGAUGGACUGGACAUGAGUCCUGGGGAAUGCAAGGGGCCCCUUCCUACUUUUCCUCAGGCGUUCAUGAAAGAGACUACGCCAUGGUCUACAAACACAGACUGGAAUUGCUAACAGUCGUCUUCCUUGAUUGACAAAUGACUUCAGAAAUGUCAGAACAUUUCAAACACAGUAAUUCAGCAGCUAAACGUCAGUGAAUUUGUUUGUUCAAUAUCUCAUUCGAAAGUGAAUAACGUUUAUAUUGCUAAGAAAAUUGUUGGGACAUUGGCGAGCUGGACUCAGUUAUUAUACAUGUAAUAAGAUGUCGGGAUAAUUGUUGGCAAUCCAAUAUGUAGAGCUUUCCUGCAUUCAAACUGUUAGAUCACAAUGAGAAGAAUUGUACAUUUUUGAUUAAUAGAAAUAUUUGUAUAUGCUCAGAUUUUUCUUACAGUAAUUUCGAAGCUUUGCCUUAAUUAAUGAAUUUUACCAUUAGUAAAUGAAGUAGUAAGUGCUUUGUCUAUCAGGAUUGCACAUACAUGUAUUUCUAUUUUUCCAUCAGAGUUUGUUAUUGGUACGGAUAUAAUUAUUGGGAAUCCUAAAGUGGUCACGGGGCAAAAAUCAAUCAAUGCAACUUUCUGGAUGGGGGAAAACAUGAA